AUGGCAGAGGCAGAAAUUGCUGACAAGAUUAUGGGUUUACUAGUUGCGGGAUAUAGUACCGUGGCUACUGCUAUGACUUUCUUUAUGAAAUACGUUGGAGAGAGGCCUGACAUUUAUGAGAAGGUCCUAGCUGAGCAAAUAGAGGUUACGGCAGGUAAAGGGGCAGGAGAGCUACUAGAUUGGGAUGACAUUCAGAAGAUGAAGUACUCCUGGAACGUAAUGUAUGAAGUGAUGAGGCUGACACCUCCACUCCAAGGAACUUUCCGAGAAGCCCUAACCGAUUUUACUUACGCCGGCUACACUGUUCCAAAGGGAUGGAAAGUAUACUGGACCGUGAGUACCACAAACAAGAAUCCAAAGUACUUCCCAGAUCCUGAAAAAUUUGAUCCAUCUAGAUAUGACGAUGGAAAGCUCUCUCCUCCAUUCACGUUUGUGCCUUUUGGAGGUGGACCUAGAACCUGUCCUGGAAAAGAGUACGCUCGGCUAGCAAUUCUGACUUUUGUUCACAAUGUAGUGAAGAGGUUUAAGUGGGAGGUUAAAUUUCCUGAAGAAAAGAUAGUUGGUGACAUGAUGCCAACCCCUGAAAAGGGACUUCCAAUUCACCUUCGUUCGCACUAA